AUGUUCACCAACGGACCCGACCUGCUACAACACUUGAAAGCCGAGCAUUUCUCCAACAUCCUACGUGUGCCCAAGCGCGAUUGGGAUCUAUAUAUGCGCGCAUGUGAGGGCAGAAGCGGUGCUACUGAUAGCAUAGCAGUGCCUUCGCGGUUUCCGUCGUCUUCUGUCGGCGAUGUACAGUCGCAGAGCCAGAUGGGAGACCAUGUUGAACGCGCUGCGUCCUCUAGCUUGAGGUCAUCACCAGCACGCGAACCUGUGCUGACCGACAACUCUCCUUCGCGCGUGUGUUCACCAUCUCGCAACACGUCCUCCAGCCCCUUCCGACCCUCCACGCGACCCUCACAUAUCCACGGCUUGCGGUCCCCCGCAAGGCCCUUCACGCCCAUCCGCCAUCACAGCUCUUUCACCGACUUCGCCGCACGGUCUUCGCCCAUCCGCCAUCACAGCUCUUUCACCAACUUCGCCGCACAGUCCUCGCCCAUCUCCACGCCGCUCGCCUCACCGCUCCCGUCCUCCCCCGCACUCAGCAACCUCGUCGCAGACGCGAUUACCUCCGCAGGCACCAUCAACUCCACGCCCUCGAGGGCCGCGUUGCCGCGGGGGAAGCGCUUCUCGCCCUAUCCCGUCUCCCCGCCCCUGUCCCCGCCCCUCCCGCGGCGUGCGAUGGCAUCGCCGGAGAAGUCUAAGCGUGGGACUCCUGGGUCGCAGAGACCGAGAGCGAGCGUGAGUCCGGGGGGUCAGAGCUCGGGCAGCUCGUCCGUCGAUGUGGAGUCGCAGCUCACGCAGUAUAUUGAUAUGUCGCCGUCGCCGCGACGGUAUGUGAAGCAGGCAGGGUCGCCUAUACCAGAUUUGUACCCUCAGCUACGUACGGAGGCGCACUAUCAAAGUCCUGGCAUCUCAGACAAGUUGCAGAUAAAGUCAUAUGAAGCGGACAGCACAGUACGAGCUUUCAGCUCAGGAACUCUGAUCAUCUAUCCCAAUAAGAUGGAGGAUGUGGAUGUGGAUCAGCCGGACGCAUAG